CUCAUCCCUGACUCCUGGCGAUGAUUAAGACGGAGAAGAUUCUGCAUUUGAAGAGCUGCCGGGGCCGGAAGGUCCGUGUGGUCCGGGAACAUUACCUGAGAGAGCAGGUCCCCUGCUUCAGCGCUCUGUGUCAGGCGGGCUGUGAAAACGCUGGCAAGGUGCUGCCGGGAGAUUUGACACACUACGUGGUACCAGAUGUCGGAGUGGUGGUUGACUAUCUGGAGAUCUUGGAGUUCAGAGAGCUGCAGGGCAUCGUCUUCACCCAGACCGCCUGCCAGGCUGUGCAGCACAGCAAAGGCCGCAGGCAAUACAACCGUCUGCGAAACCUGCUCAAAGACCCUCGACACGACUGCGUGCUGUUUGCCAAUGAAUUUCAAGAGUAUUCCUAUUGUCCGCGAGAGAAGGGGGAGAGCCAGGAAAAGUGGCAGACCAGGUGUGUGUAUUCUGCAGCAGUAUGGUACUAUAACCACCUGGCAGGUAUGAUGGAUAUAGUGAUGAUCACAGAGGACCAGGAUGCCGUGACUCAGUACAGCAGCCUCAACUCUGGAGUGUACGUCAUCUCCGUACAGGAUUUUUUGCAAAACUUCUGGCCGGAGCUGCAGGCAGCCCAUGAGCUGUACAGCUCCAUUUCCCAGGUGCUACAAGAGAAGGAGAGCGAGGGCUCGCAGAGAGAGUUUGCCGAACAUCUGCCUGCUGAAGUCCUGGAGGCUGGAAUCAAGUCUGGACGGUACAUUCAGGGUACUCUGAAUGUCAGCAAGCACCGGGCACAGAAUGAAGCUUCAAUCAUGACGGAUGGUUUCUCGAGCAAGAACACAGAUCUGAGUCGGGGGGUGUUGGUGUGCGGUGGUAAGAAUCGUAACAGAGCCAUUCACGGCGACUCGGUUGUGGUGGAGUUGUUGCCAAAGAGUGAGUGGAGAGGGAAGGUCACAGCCCUGACUGAGGGGCAGGGGGAGGAGAAGAGUGGAGAGGAAAACGAGAGUAAACCUAUGCCGACAGGCCGCGUUGUGGGGAUCCUGCAGAGGAAUUGGAGGGACUACGUGGUAACUUUUCCCCCCAGGGAGGGGACUCAGUCCCAGAGCAGGAAUUCCCAGCGCAUCCUGGCUGUGCCCUGGGACCAUCGCAUCCCCAAAAUCCGCAUCAGUACUCAGCAGGCUGAUGCUCUGCAGGAUCACAGAGUGGUGGUGCGCAUUGAUUCAUGGGAAAGCACGUCGCUCUAUCCCAACGGCCACAGUGUGAGGGUGCUGGGUCGGGCUGGAGAGCUUGAGACGGAGGUCCAGACCAUCCUCAUAGAGAACUGCAUCCACGUGCCUCCCUUCUCAGAUGCACAGCUCAGAGAGAUGCCGGUCAACUCUCCUGAGAAGCCAUGGAGGAUGGAUCCUGCCCAGGUGGCAGAGCGGCGGGACCUCAGGGAGACUCACCUGGUGUUCAGCAUCGACCCGCGGGGCUGCGAGGACGUAGACGACACGUUGUCGGUGCGCAGACUCGCCGGCGGGAAGCUGCUGGAGCUGGGGGUCCACAUCGCAGACGUCACUCACUUUGUCAGCGAGGGCUCGCUCACUGACUUGGAAGCACGUACAAGGGCUACAACCUACUACCUGGCAGACCGCAGGUACGACAUGUUGCCUGCUGUUCUCAGUGCAGACCUCUGCUCUCUGUUGGAAGGAGUCGACAGGUAUGCGAUGAGCGUGCUGUGGGAGCUCGAUGCACACACCCUCGCUGUCAACAAGGUGUGGUAUGGUCGCACGCUCAUCCGCUCCUCCUACCAGCUUCACUAUGAGCUGGCCCAGGCGCUCCUUAAUGGAGAGCAGGUUGAGGUACCGGAGCUGGCUAAGCUUGGGUCUGAGGAGAAGGACGCCAAGCUAGCUCAGCUCACCCAGGCUCUGGAGCUGCUGACGCAUGUAGCCAGACACCUCCGGGCGCAGAGGGACAGAGGAGGUGCGCUGGAGCUGGAAGGGGUGGAGGUGCGUGCCCAGCUGGAUGAGGAGAGGAACAUCACAGCCCUGGUCCCCCGUCAACCCCUGGAGGUCCACGAGACCGUGGCCGAGUGCAUGAUUUACGCCAACCACUGGGUGGCGCGCAAGAUCCAGGAGACCUUCCCUCAUCAGGCCCUGCUGAGGCGUCACCCGCCACCGCGGCAGGAGUUCUUCAGCCAGCUGGUGGAAACUGCUACAGCCGGGGGAUUCACCAUCGAUACCGGGACCAACAAGGCUUUAGCUGAUUCUCUGGACCGGGCUGUGGACCCACAGGACCCGCUGGUGAACAGGCUGCUGAGAAUGCUGGCCACCCACGCCAUGUCACAGGCUCUGUACUUCUCCACUGGUCUCGAGUCCCAAGACCAGUACUACCAUUACGGUCUGGCUCUGGACCGUUACACACACUUCACCUCACCCAUCCGUCGCUAUGCCGACAUCGUGGUCCACCGGCUUCUCACCGCAGCCAUCGACAUGGAAAGAGGGGUGGACCCUGGUAAAGCAUUAGCCAGUCACAAAGAACUGGAAGUAAUGGCUCAGCAUAUCAACAACAAGAACAGGGCAGCCCAACAGGCCCAGAAGUUGUCCACAGAGUUGUUUCAAUGUCUCUACUUCAAAGAAAGAGACCCUCAGACGGAUCCGCACUGCGUGGCAGACGCUGUCAUCUACUCCAUCAGGGACAACGGCGUGUUGGUGUUUGUCCCAGAGUAUGGUGUGAAAGGGCCGGUGUAUAUGAAGAAUCGCGAGGGCCAGGUGGUGGCUGCAGGACAGGACGGCAGCUGCGAGUGGCAGAGUGGCUCCGUGCGACGCUACGCAGACCGCAUUACCACCACCUCCGGCUGCGGCACCUCCACCUUCAGACUGUUUGACCACAUCACUGUUCGUAUUUCUGUCCACUCGACACAUUGCCACGCAGACAGUCUGAACAUUGAGGUCAUCAGCAACAAGCCGCACCGCAGCGCAGAGCCCCAGCAGAGCCGCUCGCAGGGCCGCAGCCAGCUGGUCCAGGAGGUGGUGCGCCUGGCUGAGGAGGCGCACCAGCAGGCCCAGGAGAAGGCGGCCGGGCGCCCCAAACUCUCCAAAGAGGAGAGAGAGUUCAGCCAGAGCAAAACUCCCAAUCUGUACUCUCUCCUGGAGGAGGUCCGAGAGCUGGCUCUGAUGGACCUGGAAAUGGCCGCACAGGUCUGUGCAACAACAGCAUAGAGCAGCUGCAACGUGAGCCUGGCUGUAAAUGACACAAAAAAUAUCGUCAUAUCAACUGAUCUCAUGCAGCACUGCGAUCCCGAACACAUAGUACUACACAUUAAUAGGGAAUCGGUGCUUGUUGCUCGGUAAGUAUUGACUUGUAAUGUAAUUAGUGUUUACCCUAAUUAUGACUCACGCAUUAGUUUUAUUAUUGUAGCUUAUGCUUCUUUGUAUGAAAGUAAAGGGUUUCCACAGAAUCUAUUUUUGUAAAACGGUUGAUUAUGUGCCCUUGUGGUUUGUAAUUAAACCUGUAUGGAUGAA